AUGGAGAGGAUUAUAAUUUUUUCAGUAUUAAUUAUUGUGAUCUUCUGUAAUGAAUUCGUACAUGCAUCUGUCUGCGAUAUCAAAUAUGAAUUUAAGGAAAAUAAGGAAGUAAAAAUAGCAGAUUGUAAAAACAAAGGACUGUCUUUUAUACCUCAAGAUUUACCAGGAGAUAUUAAAGUUUUAGAUAUGAGUUUUAAUCUGUUACGACUGAUUGGGAACAAUUCUUUUGUUAAUUAUAAAUACUUGCAAGAACUUUUCUUGGGACAAAAUCAACUUGAUUAUUUAUCUAAAAACUCAUUUCAAGGAUUACACAAACUAACAAUACUUGACAUGUCUGGAAAUAUCCUUAAUUUAUCUAAAGUGUAUUCAGCAGAACUAUUUCGUCCAAUUAAAAUCCUAACAAAGUUGGAUAUCAGGAGAAAUAUGCCUCAACCGAUAGACUUUGUUACGGAUUAUAAUUAUCCCGAUCAUGCAUUCGGUUAUCUUACGGAAUUGUCGUUCUUAGGAAUCGAUAUGAUGUCUUUGCCACACUUUGGAAGUGGAUUCGGUCAAUUGACCACUCUUAAAAAAUUACAUUUUGAAUCAUGUUAUUUAGUUCACUUGUCAAAUAAAACCUUUAAGAGAUUUUCGCCGUCUUUAGAACAGCUUACUCUCAAACAUUGUCGGUUACACUUUGUUGUCACAGAAUAUAACGCAUUGUUGCCGUUUCCAAACCUUCGUGUGAUAGAUUUUUCUGGAACGUUCAUGCAUUUGAAGCAUGCAUUGCAGCUAUUACACCCAUACCGUAAUGCCACUAUUACGACAAUAAACUUCGGUCAUGUGAGUGACAUUAGUAUUGACAGGGUUGAUAUUCCGUAUGUUCUGACAAUUACAGCGGACAUAAUGAAGAACCUGAAAACAAUUUGUGUAGAAAAUCUAGAUUUAUCAGAAAAUGGAAUAGUUGAUAUUGAGCCUGGAUCUUUGUUUUCCUUAGAUCACCCGGGAUGUUUACGACAAAUUUCCUUUAAAGGUAACAGGUUUUUGCUUUUUAGCGAGAAGAAUCUAAAUGAGAUACAAUAUUUUUUUCGUAAAACUGUUAGAUUGAAUUCAUUGGACUAUUCAUAUAAUGCUGUCAAUUAUGGUUUAAAAUAUGCAGGUACCUUAAAUUUAGAUUUUAAUUGUUCAUUUCACAGUUUUGUGAUAUUACCAAAGUCACUUGAAAAACUAGAUGUCAGUUACACAAUAGCAUAUACCUUCCCUGCAAUUUAUGUAUCAGUUCCUAAAAAUAACAGCCUUACAUAUCUAGAUGUAUCUUAUUCAAACAUAAAUACUCCUAUGAUUGAUUUUCAAAUUCGACUGGAAACAUUUAUGUCUAAUGGUGGAGACUAUUCAUUUGCAUGGAAUCAAUUAAAACGUUCUCCCUAUCACACUCUUAAAAAGAUUGUAUGGAAAAACGCCGACCUAGAUACUGCAAUAAGACUAUACGGAAAUCAAUUCUUUAACAGUAUAAGAUCUAUCGAGUCAAUGGAUAUAUCUGAAAAUGAUAUUUGGUAUUUUCCAGACGACUUAUUAAAUCCAAUGCCAAACUUGACAUAUCUUUAUUUAAGUAAAAAUUCAUUUCAGUCUAUUCCGAUACAACUAAGUUAUACUAAAGUACAAAUACUGGACGUAAGGAAGAAUCGAUUAACAAGUGUAAGUUCGGUUAUCAGAGACUGGGCAGAUAAGAUACAGGAACUACAUGGAAUGACUUUAAAUCUCAUUGAUAAUGCAUUUGAGUGCAAUUGUGACAAUAUAGACUUUAUAAGAUGGAUUCAGACUACAAAAGUUAAUCUGGACAGCCGAUCAUAUAAGUGUAAAUUGUCCAACGGAACAGUUAUUGAUACACUUAUUGCGUACAACUCUUUAUAUGAAUUGUUUGCUGACUGUAAGAAUACCAUGUGGUUAACCUUUGCAUCAACAUUAUUAUCAACAUUUAUCACGAUCUCACUUUUACUUUUUGCCUAUAACAGGAGAUGGAAAAUCAUCUUCUCUAUCUAUGGAGUUAUUCGCCGUGUUGUUGAGCGCAAAGUCUGGAGGAUUUACCAAUAUGACGUGUAUAUAUCAUAUGAAGGAGAUAUUGUCAUUUGGAUUAAAAAUGUAUUGAUACCUAAACUUGAGACCGAGUGGGGACUGACGAUGUGUGUUAAAGAUCGAGAUUUUUUAGUUGGACCGAGCCAAGCGGACAACGAGGCAGAGAGCAUUCAAAACAGCAGGUCCAUUAUAUUUCUAGUCACGCCCGAAUUCCUAUCGUCACACGAGUGCAUGUUCGAACUUGACAGGGCAAAAUAUGAAAGAAUUACAAAGAAUUUGGAGCGUAUUAUUAUCAUAACAAAAGAUAUAACAAUGACUGAUAUUCCUGUAGAGUUUUCGUACAUUUGGAAUUAUGCAUUUAUUGUACAAUGGCCGAAAACUCUAGAUAAUUUGGAUGAUACUUGGAGGAAACUGAGGAUGCUGCUCACUGAUGGUUUGAUUACAAACACAUAA